AUGCUGCGACCAACAUACAGACAUGCCACCAGGCAAUUGCGCACCCCACUCCGGUCUGCGGCCCUCGGCAAGCGGUACCUACAUGCUCCCGUCAAGUUUGACUGGCAAGAUCCAUUGAACACAAGCAACCUGUUCACAGAAGAAGAGCAAGCCAUCUCGGAGACAGCAGAGUCAUAUUGCCAAGAGCGCAUGCUCCCGAGAGUGCUAGAUGCAUACCGCAAUGAGGACUUUGAUAGGAAGAUCAUCACGGAAAUGGGCGAGUUAGGGCUACUGGGUGCGAGCAUUCAGGGCUAUGAGUGUGCCGGAGUCAGCAGUGUUGCCGCAGGUCUGAUCACCAGAGCUGUGGAGAGAGUCGAUUCUGGAUAUCGUUCCGGCUACUCAGUCCAAAGCUCACUUGCCAUGGGCGGUAUCGAGGAGUUUGGAUCUGAAGAGCUGAAGGAGCGCCUCCUUCCGAAGAUGGCCAAGGGCCAACUGCUGGGCUGCUUUGGUCUGACUGAACCUAACCACGGAUCUGAUCCAGGCUCUCUAGAGACAACUGCCAAGCCGCAUCCCACCAAGAAAGGCUACUACUCACUGUCUGGAUCAAAGACGUGGAUCACAAACUCGCCCAUUGCCGAUGUUCUCCUUGUCUGGGCGAAGCUGCAGGAGACUGGCAAGAUCCGUGGCUUUGUCAUUGAACGCGACCAAUGUCCACCGGGUACUCUCGAGACCCCGCCAAUCAAGAACAAGAACGGUCUGCGGGCGUCCAUUACCGGCAUGAUCCAGCUUGAUGAGUGUCCCGUGUCCGAGGCAAAUAUGUUCCCGGAGGUCGAAGGUUUGAAGGGACCCUUCAGCUGUCUCAACUCGGCCAGAUAUGGCAUUGCCUGGGGGACUAUCGGUGCUCUCGAGGACUGCAUUGCAAGAACGCGAGAGUACGCCCUCGAGAGGAAACAGUUCAAGAAUAACCCGAUUGCCAAGUACCAGCUUGUGCAGAAGAAGCUAGCUGACGCGACGACGGAUGCUGCAUACGGUAUUCUGGCCGCCCACCAAGUCGGAAGGCUCAAGGACGAGGGCAAAGCUGCACCUGAGAUGAUCUCUAUGAUCAAGAGACAGAACUGUGACCGGGCUUUGAUCAACGCGCGAACACUACAAGAGGUGUUUGGUGGAAACGCAGUAUCCGAUGAGUACGGGAUCGGAAGACAUGUCGCCAACUUGUUUGUGACGCAGACGUACGAGGGCCAGAGCGACAUCCACUCUUUGAUCCUCGGUCGCGCAAUCACAGGUCUGCAAGCAUUCUGCUAA